CCAGUCCGACGGCGGCGGAUCCGGUCCCCGCGGCCUGGCCCCUGCGCGUCUCCGGCUGGCCGCACCACCCUCGUUGUCCUCGACCGCCGCGGACCCCCGCACGGCUCGCGCCUCCACCCCCCUCGGCCCGCGACCCCGGGAUCCUCCCCGGCGCUUCUCGGGCGCCCUUCCCCAGCUGCUGCACGAGCCUGCCGGCCGGCGGCGACCCGGCGCUCCUGGCCUCUGCCAUGGGCGCCACCCCCCUGCAGCUCCUCAUCCCUCCCAUGGCCUCGUUUCGGCCGGCCGUGGUUGGGUCUUAGGCCUGCGGCCGGUUUUGGGUGCGUUCGCAGUCUGCCUCCUAUGCAGGCGGCCCCCUCGUCUCCAGCGGCCUUCCUCCCCUCCCGAGCCACGGUGGCGGCUCUCGUGUGGAGGCGGUGACGCAUCUGUGGUUGUGGCUGGCACUAGGCUUCCCGCGGCGGUCCUUGUCGGUGCUGGUCCGGCCCGGCAGCCUCAGGCCCGCGUCUCUCCGGUGUUCCUCGCUGCCGGCGUCCGCUACCGGGCAGCUCCGGCCUUGGCGGCUAGGUAGCUGCGUCCCUUCCAGCUCACCUUGCUUGCCGAUGUCCCGAUGGCUAAGGCCACAGCAGUUUGGAUCUGCGUCCUCCAGUCCUCGCUUGCUGUCGUUGCUGGACGCUGUCGCCCCGGUACCCCCGCGUGGUUCGCCUCGUCGCCCGCCCUACCCACAGCUCAACUGUCUGGAUCGCACCGAGCGGGAGGGUUUGAGCGGAAAGCUGUCGCGGGGGAAGAGGUCGGUGGCAGUCAUGAAGAGGAACGUGUGGAUCAUGAUCGGCAUGCUGGGAGUGUCCACAUGUCUGCUCUACCUGAUGAUCUCCGUACUCAACAGUGAGGUGUCGGCCCUCGAAGUGGAGGCCGCCAAGCUCGAAAGCGGCCCUCUUCAGGUGGACUUCGGCUUGACUGAAGUAAGAAACCGAUCCAGUUUAGGAGCCGUGCCUUUCUCGAUGUACUAUGCAAGUGCCGGAUGUUGUUUUAGGUGUGAGCGCUUGGAGAUGGUGUUAUUGGCAACAGCCGUGAAAGUUAUGUGCC